AUGGCUCCCAAAAAGGCCAGCAAAAAGGCCGAGGCCAAAUCGAUACCAGUCAUGAUUGACCCAAACUCACCAUACACUCCGGAAAGUUUCCAAGAUGAACUUUCCAAGCUCGCCCAACAGGCCAAGAAGGAAACGCCGCUGAACUGGGCCAUGCGAGAGGGCGCCAUCUGGUUCAAAGCGGCAGCGUUACUCGCCUUGGUGGCUGUAUAUGCCAACGUCUCUGAGCUGGCCAUGUCACCCGUCUAUGGCGGCAUUCCAUCGUCGAUUUACCACUCCAAGGUCGUUAUGGGCGGUGCCUUUGUGGGAUGGGCCGGCAAUCUAGCCCUGAGGCGUCAUCUACGCAUGAAGACGAAGUACUUUCUGCCUCUCAUCGCCGCAUACAUUCCUCUGGCCCAGUUCUACCUCUUCAAGCUCAGUGGGACUUUCACGGCUACUUGGGGCCCCUUGGUCACGGAAAUGCUUACUCUCUUCCCGCUCAUGACCUUCUCGCUCGCCUGCGUGGCCGAUACGCUGGAGCAGGCCGACCUCGACUGGCUGCCCAAGUGGGCCGGCGACGCAGCCCCUGGAUUUUUAUCCUACGGCAUUUACAAGUUCUGCGAGAUGUUCUCGGCAGAGCACUUGCCUCAUGGACUAGGCAAGUCUGUCUUUCAGACCCGAAUGGGUUGGGAGGUCGCCCUGGCUGGUACCUACACCAUCAUGGCACCAUCCAAGCUCCUCCUCUAUGCCAUCCCGGCUUUGCUGCACGCCGCAGUCCUCAACACCCACAUCAUGACGCCUAUUGCCACCAACUCUGUCAAUGCUACGCUGAAUGCUGGCGGAUGGUCGCUGCUCGAGCGUGGAGAGUCGCUCACGGGCUACAUUUCCGUUUUGGAGAGUGACCGUGACGGAUACCGUGUGAUGAGGUGCGACCACAGUCUCCUUGGUGGCGAGUGGCACAAGCUCGCUCGACCCAUCGUAGGAGAGCCUGUCUAUGCCGUGUUUGCCAUGCUGGAGGCUGUUCGGCUUGUGGAGGUGGAUGACAAGGUCCCGGAUAAUGAGGCCAAGGCCCUCAAUAUUGGUUUGGGAAUAGGCACGACUCCCUCGGCGCUGAUUGCCCACGGCAUCGACACUACCAUUGUGGAGAUUGAUCCCUUGGUCUACGACUACGCCGUCAAGUAUUUCGGUCUGCCUGUAAACCACACGGCCCAGAUUGAGGAUGCUGUGAGCUACACGGCGCGAACCGCAGAGCAUUCCCCCGAGAGCUUUGAUUACAUCAUCCACGAUGUGUUUACUGGCGGCGCCGAGCCCAUUCCCUUGUUUACCUUGGAGUUCCUGCAGUCAUUGCACACUCUGUUGAAGCCAAACGGCGUAGUUGCUAUUAACUAUGCCGGUGACUUUACCCUCCCGCCUUUGAGCACUGUUAUCCGCACCAUCAGAGAGGUUUUCCCCUCUUGCCGGAUCUUCCGGGAAUCCCCCAUGCCGUCAGAGGACAAGGUGGCGGCCGACGGUCGUGACUUUGAUAAUGUCGUGGUCUUUUGCCGAAAGACGACCGACCGCAUUACCUUCCGUCCCGUUGUGGAGAGAGAUCUUCUGCAGAGCCGUGCCCGGGCGCAUUACCUGAUGCCCAAGAACGAGGUGCCCGAGUCGGCCUUCAUGACGGGCGACGACGUCAAGCUCGUGCGCCAGAACGACACGGAGACCUUGGCCAAGUAUCAUGACCAGACGGCCCUCGGGCACUGGGCGGUAAUGCGAGAAGUGAUCCCCAAGAACAUCUGGGAGAACUGGUGA